UCAUCCGCUGCUGACCCCGAGGCGGGACUGCGGCCGGGCCGGGGCCGGGGCCGGCCGGAGGAGGAGGAGGAGGGGGGCGGUGAAUCCCAGUCACGGCUGCCGGAGGUGGCGCGGCCCCAGCCCCCUCGGCGGGGCUGGCUCUGCAGGGAGCGGAGGUUUCGCUGCGGGAGCCAUCAUUGGAGAUGCUUCCGUUGACUGGAAAAACUAUAAUAUUUGAUAGCUUUCCUGAUCCUUCAGAUACCUGGGAAAUAACCGAGACUAUUGGCAAAGGAACAUAUGGAAAAGUUUUCAAGGUGUUAAAUAAGAAAAAUGGCAGCAAAGCAGCAGUCAAAAUCUUGGAUCCUGUUCAUGAUAUUGAUGAAGAAAUUGAAGCAGAGUACAACAUUUUGAAAGCUCUCUCUGAUCAUCCAAAUGUAGUAAAAUUCUACGGCAUGUACUAUAAGAAAGAUGUGAAAAAUGGAGACCAGCUUUGGCUAGUUCUUGAGCUGUGCAAUGGUGGAUCUGUGACUGAUCUUGUGAAAGGAUUUCUGAAGAGAGGCGAAAGGAUGAAUGAACUUAUAAUCGCUUACAUUUUACGUGAAGCUCUGAUGGGACUUCAGCAUUUGCAUGAAAACAAAACUAUCCACCGUGAUAUUAAGGGAAAUAAUAUCCUUUUGACCACUGAAGGAGGAGUCAAGCUUGUGGAUUUUGGUGUGUCUGCUCAGCUGACCAGCACACGUCUCCGUCGGAACACCUCCGUGGGCACCCCAUUCUGGAUGGCUCCUGAGGUGAUUGCCUGUGAGCAGCAGCUAGAUAGUUCCUAUGAUGCCAGAUGUGAUGCAUGGUCACUGGGUAUUACUGCAAUAGAGUUGGGAGAUGGAGAUCCACCCCUUGCUGAUUUGCACCCUAUGAGGGCACUCUUCAAAAUACCAAGGAAUCCUCCUCCAACGCUACAGCAGCCUGAACUGUGGUCACCUGAAUUCAAUGACUUCAUUAACAAGUGUUUGACUAAAGAUUAUGAGAAGCGUCCGACAGUAUCUCGUCUUUUGCAGCAUGAUUUUAUUAAGCAAAUCGAAGGAAAAGAAAACGUGCUACAAAGGCAACUCAUGGAAUUUAUUGAUGUUCAUCAACAAAUGGGAAUCACUGAAAAGGCAAGAUUUGAACGUAUUCAUACAAAGAAAGGGAACUACAGUAAGGUACUAGUUUCAAACCAGGAAGAGGUAGAUGAUUUAGCCACCUUGGAGGUACUGGAUGAGAAUACAGUAACAGAGCAGUUGCAGAAGGGUUAUGCCAAGGAUCAGAUCUACACAUAUGUUGGGGACAUUCUCAUCGCUGUCAAUCCAUUUCAGAACAUAGAUAUUUAUUCUUCACAGCAUUCCAAAUUGUAUAUUGGAGCCAAACGGACUGCCAACCCUCCUCAUAUUUUUGCUGUUGCUGACAUCGGUUAUCAGUCCAUGGUGACAUACAACUCUGAUCAGUGUAUCGUUAUUUCUGGAGAAAGUGGAGCUGGCAAAACACAAAGUGCCCAUCUUUUGGUUCAGCAGCUCACUGUCCUGGGCAAGGCUAAUAACAGGACUCUACAGGAGAAGAUCCUCCAGGUGAAUAACCUUGUAGAAGCAUUUGGGAAUGCAGGCACUAUCAUCAAUGAUAACUCAAGCAGAUUUGGAAAAUAUUUGGAAAUGAAAUUCACUUGUGGUGGCACUGUAGUAGGAGCUCAGAUUUCAGAGUAUCUCCUUGAAAAAUCCAGAGUUGUCCACCAGGCAGUAGGAGAGAAAAAUUUCCAUAUUUUUUAUUAUAUUUAUGCUGGUCUGGCGGAAAAGAAAAAACUGGCACAUUAUAAAUUGCCAGAAUAUAGACCUCCCAGAUACCUGCAAAAUGAUCAUUUCAGAAUAGUGCAAGAUUUCAUGAACAAUAGCUUUUAUAAGUCUCAAUUUGAGUUAAUUGAACAGUGCUUCAAAGUCAUAGGUUUUACACUGGAGGAACUUGGAAGUGUGUACAGUGUCCUGGCUGCCAUUUUAAAUGUGGGUAACAUUGAAUUUUCUGCAGUGGUAUCUGAACAUAUGAUUGACAAGAGCAACAUUUCCAAUCCAGUAGCCCUUGAGAAUUGUGCGUCCUUGCUGUGUAUUCAGGCAGAUGAACUGCAAGAGGCCCUCACCUCUCACUGUGUAGUGACUCGAGGAGAAACAAUUAUUCGUCCAAACACUGUGGAAAAAGCCACUGAUGUCAGAGAUGCCAUGGCCAAAGCACUUUAUGGGCGCCUCUUUAGCUGGAUAGUCAAUCGCAUCAACACUUUACUCAAACCUGACAAGCAUUUAAGUGGAAAUGAUGGUGGUUUGAACAUUGGAAUUCUUGAUAUCUUUGGCUUUGAGAAUUUCAAAAAAAAUUCUUUUGAACAACUUUGUAUCAACAUUGCCAAUGAACAAAUUCAGUUCUACUUCAAUCAACAUGUCUUUGCUUGGGAACAGAAUGAAUACCUAUAUGAAGGUGUUGAUGCAAGAGUUAUAGAAUACGAGGACAACAGGCCCCUCUUAGAUAUGUUCCUGCAGAAACCAAUGGGUUUAUUGUCCCUGCUGGAUGAGGAAAGUCAAUUCCCACAAGCAACAGAUCGGACACUUGUAGAAAAAUUUGAAGAUAAUUUGAAGUCAAAAUAUUUUUGGAGGCCCAAAAGGGUAGAUCUAACCUUUGGGAUUUACCAUUAUGCAGGAAAGGUUCUAUAUAAUGCAAGUGGAUUCCUAGCCAAAAAUAGAGAUACUCUUCCAGCUGAUAUUGUACUUCUACUGCGAUCAUCUGAAAACAAUCUGACACGACAGUUGGCAACCCAUCCUCUUACAAAAACAGGUAACCUGGCACACACUAAAAGCAAAACUACAAUCAGUUACCAAAUAUGGCCCCCCCAGAAAUCAGUCAGUCAUACAAAGCUGGAUAUCUUUGUGUUGUGCAAUUCAUAUUCCUUCCGUGAGAAUGAAGCAGGAGAUACAGGACAUCAUCCAAGAGAGACAACCAACAUGAAAACACAGACAGUUGCUUCUUAUUUUAGAUACUCUCUGAUGGAUUUGUUAUCCAAAAUGGUCGUCGGCCAGCCUCAUUUUGUCAGGUGCAUCAAGCCAAACAAUGACCGGCAGGCAAACAAGUUUGAUAAAGAAAAAGUGUUGGUUCAGCUGCGUUACACAGGAAUUCUGGAGACGGCAAAAAUUCGAAGACAGGGUUAUUCACACCGUAUACUGUUCGCUAACUUCAUAAAACGGUAUUACCUCAUCUGUUACAAGACAAAUGAUGAUCCUCCAGUCAGCCCAGAAACCUGUGCUGCCAUCUUGGAAAAAGCCCGCCUUGACAACUGGGUUCUUGGAAAAACAAAAGUAUUCCUCAAAUACUAUCACGUGGAACAGCUAAAUUUAAUGCGGAAGGAGACAGUCGACAUGAUUAUUUUGAUUCAAGCUUGUGUCAGAGGGUGGCUGUGUUCAAGGAGAUACAAAAAGAUAAAGGAACAAAGGGAACAAAGUGCUAUUAAAAUACAGUCAGCUUACAGGGGUUUUGUUGCUCGUAAAGAAUACAGAAAUGCAAAACGUAAUAAAAAAGUGGAAGAAUAUAUUACUAGACUUCAAGCAAUUGCCAGAGGAUACUUACUCAGGAAGAAGAGAAAAGAACUAACUGAAACAAGAAACAAAGCAGCAAUAACAGUUCAGUCUCACUACAGGGGAUAUAAGGAGAGGAAGACCUUUGAAAUGAGGAGGGAAUCACUUAGCAAGAAACAAACUGAAAGUGCAGCAUCCAUUAGCGAAGAGGAAAAGGAUGAAGAACUUCAAGAGAAUGAGGAAAGUCCAGCUGGAGCGAAGAGUGCCCUUCCUAAAACGGAAGAAGAAGCAGCUGUCAUUGUUCAGAGCAAUUACAGAGGCUACAGAGUCCGUAAAAAAAUAAAGGAACAGUGCAAAAACAUAGCAGAGGAAGAAUUAUCUGCUGUGGAAUUCCUUGAAGCACAACUGCAGCCAGCUCAAAAUGAUACACUGGAAGAAGCAGCAGACGAGGAGACUCAAGACGAAGCUGAUGCUGUUACUGACAGCGAGUGCUCUGGGUACAGUGACACAGGGAAUGUACAGGAGCAACAGAAAACAUCUACUGAAGGAGCGAGAGCUUCCGUGAAGCAGAACCGUGCAAGAAAACACGUUGGUGAAGGUGAAGAACAGGCCUCUUUGGAAGAGUUGUCCAGCAAAUCUUCUGUCAAAAUCACAGCUGAACCUAGUCCCAAGCGAGAGCGAAAUAAUCGAGACAGACUCAGUGCGGAUGAGCAAAAUCAAGAAUCUGCUGUGGUCCAGCCCAGGACUGACAGGGAUGUGGAAAGAAACCAUCUGAAACAUGAAGCAGUGAGGCCUACGGGAUGUAAAGGAAUUAUAAGAAAAGAGUCACUAAGAGACUCAUGGAAACAAGUUGUGGCAGAAAAAGAAGAUUCAGAAGACGAAGAGAAGGCAGCAGUGGUUAUUCAGAGCAGUUAUCGGGAUUACAGAAGGAGGGGACAACUCAGAAAAGAAGGGAAACUACCUUGCAAAUGUCAAGAGAAAACUAUAAAGGAGCCAACAGAAGCAGUAUGCAUGCAAAAUAAUGAUCCCCAAACAAUAAAAGAUCAGGAAAGCACAGGUACAGAGGCUGAAGACUCAAAGACAUUGAAGGGACACUCGGAGAAAGAGGCUUGUGAUUUGGCAGCCUUUUCGCAGCAGAUAUCAAAAUUAUCUGAAGACUACUUAGCAUUGCAGCAAAAAUUGAAUGAAAUGAUACUGUCACAUCAGCUGAGACCUGUCAUGCUGUCCAAAGAUAAGCAAGCUAAUGGCCAACUUCCUUCUCAUGUUUGUCAGUCAGUUGCAGCCAAAGUAGAAGAUUCUCACCCAAUGAAGAGACCCCCAAGGAGGCCACGGAAGCCCAAGACAUUAAAUAAUCCAGAAGACUCCAGCUACUACACUCUAAUACAUAAAUCAAUACAAGACGAAAAACGGAAACCAAGAAAAGAAAGUCUGAGCAAAGUGCUAGAUUUAGAUAUCUACUACCAUGGAAUUUCGUCUACUGAUUCCACCUCAAGGGACAGCAGUUCUACCACAAGAAAGAAGAGACACCCAGCUGAGCGCAGGACUUCAAUUUUAAGAGCUACUGAGCGGUCGAGGGUUGCAGAAAGCCCCCUGGAAGAGAGUAAAACCGAAGAUAAUCCCUAUGACUACAGACGACUGCUGCGGAAGACCUCACAGCGCCGGCGCCUUAUCCAGCAGUUCUAGCUGCUGCUGCUGUUCCCGCUGCCAUUUGGCUUUUAUUAGCAUAAUCUUUUUUAUCAUUUUAUACCAUGUGCUUCCUUUUUUUUUUUUUUUUUAAUCUCCAAUGUUUCAAGUUUACAACGUGUGUGUUUAUGUGAAUAUGAAUUACCGUGGUUUACAGCCCAACACCCUUGCAAAGGGACACUGUCAGUCACAUAUAUACUUCAAAAAAACCUGAUAGGAAAAUCAGCUUUCUUGGAUACCACUGCUACAUCUUAAAAUUAUUAGACAUUAAGCAGCUUAAAUCUAGUUUACUUAAUGCAUAUUUCUUUCUUUUUUGCAUUUCAUCAGUCUCAUCAAAUUAAAAUAAUCAUUUAGUUUAUAGUUCCCUAGUUAAGCUUUCAAAUUCCCAUAUGCAUCUUAAGAAAACCUUAGUUAUUGUUUCUAAUUGUUUUACAGGAAAAAAAGAAAAAAUUACAAGAACACCAUAGGGCAAUUUCUGCUCAUUUUAGGUUUACAAUGCCUAAAUUUUGGGAUGAACUAUUUGUGGCAAGUGUCCCUCUAAUGAAAACAAACAUAAAUGAUUAAUUAGAUAGCAUACUAUGCAGUUUAUUUCAUUAUUGACUUUACUGUAAAGCUAGUGGCCAGUUUUAAAGGUCAAUAAUGUGUAUAUAAUCUUUAUGUUGGAGAUGUCCAUUUAUGGGAAGUAUAUCCAGCCCUCUCCUCUGCCUCUGAGCUUUGUGACUAAGUGAUGAACUUUUACAUUGUGUUUGUUUUGCUCUCCUUUGCAUUAGAUUUUUAGGAAUCUUAAUCUAUGGGAUGCCAAGUAAGGAAUAGCAAUAUGCUUUCUGUUUGAUUGCGGUCUAAAUGGUAAUGAUCAUUCUUAACCAGUUUCACUAUAAAUUAAGUGGAAAUAAGAGCAAUAGCGACCAUGUUCAAAUUUUCCUCAGAUCCCUUGUUCAAAAGACCUUAUUUCACAGAAACCACACAGAUAAUUGCUGCAUUUCCUUUCAGGAUUCAUAAUUACAUGUUCGCAGCUGCAAAGCAAGAGAAGGCAAAUUUCAUGAUGGCAGUAUAAAAGCCUGAUCCUGCUCCCUUGCUUAGCUCUCCUAAACACUAUGACUGGCAGCAGCAGCAAGCCACAGGAAUUGGGGUUUUGGCUGUUCCCCCCACACACUUGGCCUCUUCCCCAGAGACAGUUAACCAUUGCUUCCUGAUCUUUAACUAGUUAUAAGGCUGUGCACCAAAUUCAGAUUUGCUGCAAUGUAAAAUCCACAAUAUACUAUUUAAAUUUUGAAGUCUGUUUUAAAGUUUCUUUCUCGUGUAUUAUUAAAAUGGUAAAUAAAAACGCACAAGGCA